GAAAGCUCUCUUUCCGGCAUCUUGUAAGGUUAGUGACGGAACGCAUUGAUUGUGCCGUUACAAUUCAAGAUGGGUCGUUACGCUAAGGAACCAGAUAAUCCCGCAAAGUCGUGUAAGGCUCGCGGAUCAAACCUUCGUGUGCAUUUCAAGAACACUCGCGAAACGGCACUAGCGAUCAAACGUAUGCCUCUGCGUCGUGCCCAGAAGUUUCUCAAGAACGUCUGCGAGAAGAAGGAGUGCGUUCCGUUCCGUCGCUUCAACGGUGGAGUAGGUCGAUGUGCCCAGGCCAAACACUGGAACACGUCGGUCGGUCGUUGGCCGAAAAAAUCCGCCGAAUUCCUGUUGCAGCUGCUUAAGAAUGCUGAGGCAAACGCUGACUACCGAGGGCUGGAUGUGGACCGGCUGGUCGUUGACCACAUUCAGGUGAAUCGAGCACCCUGCUUACGUCGUCGUACGUAUCGUGCUCACGGUCGUAUCAAUCCCUACAUGUCGUCGCCUUGCCACAUCGAACUGACACUUACCGAGAAGGAAGAUGUCGUGGCAAAGAGCGCCGAGGCUGAGCCAGCCAAGAAAAAGCUUUCCAAGAAGAAGCUCCAAAGGCAAAAGGAGAAGAUGAUGCGAAACGAGUAGUUUAUUGCUUAAGUUGACGGGAAGUGUUAAUGGAAAAUCGAGAAUAUAAAUUCAACGGGCGUAUGAAAAGUAA